GUGUAUACUUUGAAAUUCCGAACCUAUUUCCUUGUGCUCUGCUAUUACUUACUGGAUUAAUAAAUGUGCAAAAUUGGUUUUAACUGUAAAAUUAUUAUUUUCAUGCCUUGUAUUUUCAGAAUCCUGGGUGUAAGUUUAUAUAAUGAAUCAAAGCAAUGCUAAUUUGGAAAAUGUUUCCAAUAGAAUUAAAAAGUUGGAAGACAUUGAAAAAAAGAUUACGACUGCAAUCCAAAGUGCAGGUUUGACAUUUCAAGAAUUGUCUAAAGAAAAACCAACAGACAGAUUAAUAGAAAAACAUUCCAGUACAUUUACACAAUCUCUAGAUGAAGUUGAAACUGAAAUGGCUUCACAGAUAAGUUAUCUGUCCCAGGUUGCAACGAACCAGCAGCAUGAAGGAUCGAGUUAUGCAGCAAGGAACAAAGCUCAACAAAGCAAAGAAGUAAUAUCCCACCUAUCAACACAAGUUGGUGAUAUGCUUCAAACAUGUACACAAGCAAGUUUUCCAAGAUGAGUCCAUACAUUUAGAAACACUGCAUUGGUUUCUUUGCAAAAAUGAUAAUUAAAACAAACAGUUGGUGGUGCAGUUAGGAACAAGUAGGCAACUCUGUACACGCAGUCAGACAACGUUUCAUCCAGGACCAUUCAUAACCAUUUCUAUGAAUUCAGCGAAUGUUUUUAAUAAUAUGUAAACAGACUGUAGCUAUCUUGCCAAAAUGGCUCGAAUUCAAAUGCACAUUGUAACCGUUUAAUCUUUAAUAAGUUUAAUAGUAAUAUUAAAACAAA